CUCUUGAGUUGGAUGUUGGUUAGUGAAUUGGUUGACAUGAAUUGAAUGUUUCAGGCUGCUAUUGGAAGAAUUUGUGCUGGUUUACUGCUUCUUACAGAUUACUGGAUGGGUCCGGUGCUAUUUUUCUUGCAAGGUUCCCUGCAUGUUACCUGCGUUGGCCAAUCAUGAUACGUUUCGUUUGUGACGUCACACGCGGAAAGCUUGAGCUGGAAGCCUUUGUUCAUAGUUCCUUUUCUGCUGUUGUGAGGGAAGAACAGUGUCUGUACGCAGUGAAAAGCCCAAAUUAUUACAAUAAACACUUGCGUGCAGAAGCACUCGAAAGAGUUGCAAGUGCCGUGUGUGUUGUUCGACCGUACACGACGAGCAAGGAGUGCUACAGUAAAAUGCACAAUCUACGAACUCAGUUUAAAGUGGAGCACGCCAAAGUAAAAUCAACGAAAAGCAGUGGCGCUGGGAUGAACGACAUAUACAAACCAUCUUUAUGGUAUUACGAGAAGUUAAUGUUUUUGGCGGAUCAUUGUUUACCACGAAAAAGUACAGCCAUAGGCCUGACUCAACAUUCAACGACUGAGGACAAUGAAAGUGAAGAGACAUGCAGUCUCUCUUCUCAAAGUAUGGAUAUACAACCAUCACCACAUCAAAACAUCGAAGGCUGUUAUAGUCUUGAUGUGGAUGUGCUGAACGAUGUAUGCAUUGGGGAACAAUGUGAAGAAGCAGCAGCAACAUCACCACCACCACCACCACCACCACCACCACCACCACCUACCCAUGCCACUCAAAGCAGCGAUGGAAGAAGAAAGAGGCCUGGUGAUGGGUACAUGAGUGCUGUUGAGGUCAUAGCUAAUAAAAUGUGUGCCAGCCAAGACCGCCAACAACCUUCGGCAGAGCUGACUAUGGAUAGCUGCAUGAUAUUCAUUGGUAACCUUGCAAAGGAAAUCAAGAGCAGUGAAAUCAAAAUGCAGUUAAUAAGAGACCUUGUUAAUGUAACAACAGAGGCAAAACUUAAAGAUCUGCAGAUGCAAAUGCAGAACUCGAGUGACAGUGAAAUUGUGUAA